AAUGAAACCAACAAGCCCAAGAAAUGAAAGUUUGGUAGGAGGCAAUAGUUGACUUGAUAAGGCCAAAUGUCACUGACCCAGAGUUUUGCAACAACCGGUGCCUAAACUGGAUCUUGAUCGAGGGAGGAGUGCCUAAACCAACCAUGGUUUCUUCAUCAGAGAUCGUCGCCAAGUUGAAUCUGACGCCCAACCCAGAAGGUGGGUUAUACUCCGAAACUUUCAGAGAUACCUCCGUCGUUCUCUCCAAGUCUCAGCUCCCCCCGGAAUACAAGGUGGAACGCCCUGUGAGUUCAUGCAUUUACUUCUUGCUACCGUCUGGGAGCGUGUCCCGCCUCCACCGUAUACCGUGUGCAGAAACCUGGCAUUUCUACGUGGGAGAACCUAUUACGGUAUUGGAGCUGAAUGACAAAGAUGGGCAUAUCAAACUAACCUGCCUUGGACCCAAUCUGAUGGACAAUGAGCAACCGCAGUACACAGUGCCUCCAAACGUUUGGUUUGGAUCGUAUCCAACAAAGGACAUCACCAUUUCCCCAGAUGGGGUGGUGGUCAAAGAACCUUCAAGGAAUGGCGAAUAUCACUUCGGUCUUGUGGGAUGCACAUGUGCACCUGCCUUUCAGUUUCAGGAUUUUGAGCUGGCAAAACGCUCUGAGCUUGUUUCACGCUUUCCGGACAAAGAGCCCCUCAUCUCUUUUCUCACAUUCCCGGACUGAACAGCAGCCUGGUUUUUUACAUCUCCUGGAUUUUUGUUGUAGCACUUAACAAAACCAGCUGAUCUAACCCAUCCUGAUAAUUCAGCAUUGCUGAUAAGAUUAGGGAUCACAAGUUUGAAUCUACAAUUUCAAAAAAAUUAUAAAUUCUUAAA